AUGGAGACCUGGACUGUCUGCAGCCCGGGCUUGUACUUCGCUCUGGGUGCGUGGCUCAUGAUAGUCACUCACACCUUCCAAAACACUAAAGCGGAGAUAAGUUGCGCAUCUUGUCCGUCUCCAGUUCAACUUCCCGCCGGCGAACUGCGCGCUAAACCAACAGAUGGAAUGAGCGCCAUCAAAAAUAUCAAAGUGGAGUUUAGAGAAUUCGGGUUACAAAAUGAAGAACAGGACAACAACCAAGAUGAUGCACCUGACUUUGGGAAAGACGCUGCUAUCGGGAAACCUGAUUUUGGUGAUGGAGCUGCGCUACUGAGAGGGAAAAGAAACAGCCCUGAGUUUGCCGAGUUUAUUGAGAUUGGGCUGCCAGGCCAAGCUGACCUGAAUUCGGGUACCUCAAGUGAACGGAUGCCGGACGGACUCAGGUCCACCGGACUGAGUAGAUCGGAGUUAAGAAAGACCAGGAAUGGACAACAGGAUGAGCACAAGAUCACAAGCAGCACUUUCGCCCUGACUGGGGACUCCGCACAUAACCACGCUGUGGUCUACUGGUCAGGACAAAACAGCAGCGUUAUCCUGAUACUAACCAAGCUCUUCGACUUUCACAUUGGCAGUGUCACUGAGAGCACUCUAUGGAGAUCUUCUGACUCCGGCUCUACAUAUGUGAAAAUGAAUGACAAAGUUGGGUCUAAGACUGUUCUGAGUUACCUCUACGUCUGUCCAACCAACAAACGAAAGAUAAUGGUGCUGACUGAUCCUGAGUUUGAGAGCAGUGUGCUAAUCAGCUCUGAUGAAGGAGCCAGCUACCAGAAGUAUCGCCUCACUUUCUACAUCCUAAGCUUGUUGUUUCACCCUACUGAGGAGGACUGGGCUUUAGCCUACAGUCAUGAUCAAAAGUUGUACAGCUCAUUAGAUUUUGGACGAAAAUGGCAGCUCGUCCAUGAACAUGUUACUCCGACUAGAUUUUAUUGGUCUGUUUCAGGUCUAGACAAAGACUUGGAUCUUGUCCACAUGGAGGCCCAGACGCCAGAUGGAAGUGUGCAAUAUAUCACAUGCAGAGUGCAGAUGUGCACUGAAGCUAACAGGAACUACCCUUUUCCUGGAUUCAUUGACAUCAGUUCGUUGGUGGUUCAGGAUGACUACAUAUUCAUACAGGUGCCUACAUCAGGAAGAGCUACUUAUUAUGUUUCCUACAAGAGAGACCAGUUCAUCCAAAUCAAACUUCCAAAAUAUUCCUUGCCAAAGGAUUUACACAUUGUCAGCACAGAUGAAAAGCAGGUAUUUGCAGCAGUGCAAGAGUGGAACCAGAAUGACACCUAUAACCUCUACCUGUCUGACACUAGAGGCAUCUACUUCACCUUGGCCAUGGAAAAUGUCAAGACUACUAAAGGCAUGGGAGGGAACCAGAUGCUGGAUUUGUAUGAGGUGGAAGGCAUUCGAGGCAUGUUGAUUGCAAACAAACGACAGAACAACCAGGUAAAGACUUUCAUAACCUACAAUAAAGGCAGAGAUUGGAGACUCUUGCAAGCCCCUGCUCGUGACCUGGAUGGAAAUGAAAUUCAUUGCAUUCUGCCAUUUUGUUCACUCCAUCUCCAACUACAAACUUCAGAGAACCCCUACUUAUCAGGGGCAAUCUCCACAAAGAGCUCUGCACCUGGAAUUAUAGUUGCCACGGGGAAUAUUGGAACCGAAUUGUCAUACAACAAUGUUGGAAUGUAUAUAUCAUCUGAUGCUGGAAAUAGCUGGAGACAGAUUUUUGAAGAGGAGCACAAUGUUUGGUUUCUGGACAAAGGAGGUGCCCUUGUUGCUGUAAAACAACCUUCUGUGCCAAACAGACAUUUGUGGGUCAGCUUUGAUGAAGGGAGGCAAUGGACCCAACACAGCUUUUCCUCAGUGCCUCUGUUCGUGGACGGCGUUUUGGUAGAAGCUGGGGCAGAGAAUCAGAUUAUGACAUUUUUUGGACACUUCAGCCACCGCUCUGAAUGGCAGCUCAUCAAGAUAGACUAUAAAUCAAUAUUCACUGGAAAAUGUACUGAGGAGGAUUACCAAACGUGGCACUUGCACAAUCAGGGUGAGCCAUGUGUAAUGGGACAAAAACAGAUUUACAUGAAACGCAGGCCUGGGAAUUACUGCAUGAUUGGUAAAGACUACUCAAGAAUCCUAUCGGCUGAGUCCUGUAUCUGCCGAGCCCAUGAUUUUGAAUGCGACUAUGGAUACGAACGGCACAGAAAUGGGAACUGCAGGCCCUCAUUUUGGUUCAAUCCUUCCGCAACUUCCAGAAGUUGUAGUCUGGGUAACAACUAUCUCAACAGUACAGGGUACCGUAAAGUGGUUUUGAAUAACUGCACCAAGGGAGUAAAAGAAAUGUAUACAGCUCGAAAGCAACAAUGCCCCAAGAAACCUCCCAAGGGACUUUUGUUGACCACCAAAGAUGGUAAAUUCGUUGCAAACAUGGGCACUAAUGUUACCUUCCUGGUUCAUCUGGAUGAGGGGGAUUCUUUACGGACGAAUAUCCAACUGGAUUUUGGUGAUGGCAUAGCCGUGUCGUAUUCGAACCUCAGCUGGGCUGAAGAAGGGAUCAAACAUGUCUACAAGUCAGCAGGGAUUUUUUGUGUCACAGCUUUGGCAGAAAACUCCCUGGGUUAUGAAACAACAACAUUCUAUCUGCAUGUCACGUGUCCUGUGGAGCAUGUUCACCUUCUUGCUCCCUUUGUCGUCAUAAGAAACAAAGAAGUUAACAUCUCAGCACUUGUGCUACCCACUCAUCCUCGCACCGUUACCUAUUUCUGGUGGCUUGGCAAUACCACUGAGGCAAUGCUAACAUUGGAUGGGAGUGUCUCAUACACCUUUCCCAAUGAGGGAAUGUAUUCUGUAACAGUUCAAGUAGCAGCCGCCAACAUAAUAUUCCAAGAUACCAAAACCAUAGCAGUUAGAGAAUUCUUCAAAUCUCUGCUUUUAUCAUUUUCCCCAAAUCUGGAUGAGUUCAACCCAGAUUUGUCUGAGUGGAGGCAGGACGUGGGGAGAGUAAUUAAGAAGGCUGUUCUCCAGGUGGCUGAGUUCCCAGAAGAACAGCUUGUGGUUGCUGUGCUCCCUGGAGUUCCAACUGCUGCUGAGCUAUUCCUGUUACCGAACAAGAACCAGUCACUGGACAAGAAAAAGAGUGAGGAGGAGCUUGAACAAGUAUCAAACAUAAUUGUUAAUGCACUCAACCAGAAUCUGGUGGCGUUUGAGCUGAGGCCUGGUGUCAGAGUGAUUGUAUAUAACACACAGCUAACGUUAGCACCCUUGGUGGACUCCAGCCCUCGACACAAGAGCUCUGCCAUGUUGAUGCUCCUUGCAGUUGUUUUUCUUGGCCUUGCAGUGUUUCUCAUCUACAAAUUCAAAAGGAAAAUACCUUGGAUAAACAUUUAUGCAGAGGUAAACCAGGAGAAAGAGCAAGAAAUGUUUAGCUCUGUAGGCCAAGGAGACAACACACCAAAAAUAACACUGAAUGAGUUCUCAUCCAAAGACCUCAUGGAGAAAGAACUGGAUGCAAGAGUCAAAAGAGGAGUUGAAAAUUCCCGUGAAAGCACAAGGGAGAUUCCAAACUGUACAAGUGUGUAG